CUGAGUUGAUGGACAAGAUUGUAAUGAACUAAAAAAGAAAACUCUAGUUACACUGAACACUUGCUUCGUGUCUGUUACUAAUCAACUUAUUUGAGUAGGCUAUAGAGAAAGACAGUCUCAGUUCCAAAACAGGUGAGUAUACGGUAUAUUUAAGCUAUCCAUUUAAAAUAAAUACAUUUUCUGGUUGAAUUAAUAUUCAGGUUCAUUGAUUAAAUGUUUAUUUGAUAGUCAGUCGAUGGUCGACCAUGACCAUUCUAAAUAACGGCCUGUUGCCGGUGCUGGGUCUAUAUGUGGGUGCGCACAUGUCUGAUCAAGCCAAUUCUGGCAAACAAAGUUCUGGUGCAUAAAGUGCAGGGGGUGGAUGGGACAACUCCAGGUACAUAAUUUGAUAUGGCUUUUCUGGCUUGUCUGUUGCUUUUUGUAGCAGCUGUUCUGUCAGCCUCAUGUUGCAUUGAGCCACUAUGUAUUAAGGAGCAUCAACAGUCUCGAUUCUUUGAGGACUUUUCCCAUAUGUCCGGGUCAAUUUAUCCGGGACAAAAUCCUGCAAAUUAGCAUGUAAUAGCAGCCCCAUUGAGGUGAAUUCUUUGGGCAUCCAUCUUUGCCCAUGAUCUUCCAGAGACCUUUUCUGCUGACAGUGUCGAAAGCAUUGAUGAUAGGUCCACAUAGGUGGAGUAAAGUCAAAAUUUAUUCCUGACACCUUUCUUGCAGAUGUCUGGCAGCGAACACAAUUUUGAUAUUUGCCAUCUGUUUGCGAAAACCACAUUGACUUCUGGAAGUAGAUCCUUCUCAAGAUGCAAAUUGGAACAGUUUAGAGGAAUUCUAGCUAGUAUCGUGCCUGCAAUUGAGAGCAAAGAUAUAACACGGUAGUUGUCACAGGCUUGAUGGCUUCGUUGACGUUUUAACAAGUGGACAAUGGCUCGGCCUCAAAAUCUUGUGGUAUUUUCUCUGGGAAGACUUUCAAACAAAGCUGUACCACCUAACUUGUAAAUUUUAGCUGGGAAGGAGUCCUAGCCCGGAGCUUUGCCUCCCGAGAGAAGGCAUAGUUAGUUAAAUCUCAUUUACAGUUGGAAAGUCUUCCUUUCUUUGGUUGAUGGGUACCUGAGGGUUUCGAUGUAUGGCUUCUUCGUCGACAAGAUGAAGGCCGAGUUAAGAUGCUCUCAAAGUGCUCUGACUAGCUUCCGAUAUUUUUGUUUUCACUCCCAGUAAUCAGAGUUUUCUCCCCAGCACACAGAAGUCGGGAUGACGCUAAUUAGGUGGGGCUAAAGAAUUCUUUGCGAGCAAAGGAAGAUAUUUCUUAGAUCGUGUCUGUGAGCAUGUCCCAGGAUCGUCUCAGCCCUGUCACUCAACUAUUCACCCUGCAUUUGACCUAGUUUUUGCUGCACCGUACUUCUUUUGUUGUUGUAUGCGUCUUUCCUUGGAUUAGAAAUAGGAGUUUUAAGAUAGGAGCUGUGAAGACGGUGUUUUCCUCCAACAGCUGCUUGAUAACGUUAUAGUUUUCAUCCAACCAUGGCUGCAAACUCGUUCAGGGGGUUGCCGUAAAUCAAUGCUGAACAUUUACAUGAACCGCCUAUGUGCAUAUUUGUGGCUAAGGCUUUCAUUUUACGCACUGAUUUAUAAACAUGUAUCCUUGAAGAGCCUGCGAUCUUCAACACAGUACUUACAGAGAGUUCCUAGUAUGGAUGAACCCAGAAACAAGUCUUACUGAGAGCGCUCUUUUGAAGUGAUAGCGCCAAAAUUAUGGAACAGUUUGCCUCAAUCUUUGAGGGGAAUUGAAACUGAUAAUAAAAUCAUUUAAGAAACAUUUAAAAACUUUUUUGUUUCAAUAGAAAUCGGAAAACCAGAGCGCUAUGGGCAGUGAGCAAUGAGCAUGCUAAAGUGGCAUGGAUACCAGCGCGAUAUACAUGUCAAAUCAAUCAAUCACUGAGCCACCUAUGCCCAUGUUUAUGACUAAGGAUUCAAGUGUACCAACAACUGUCGCUUCGCCGCAGGACUUUGUAGAUGAUGAAAAUAAAAAGGAACAUAAUGAGAUGGAUGAUCAUUUAGAUCGACUUGCGCAUUGACGUGGGUUUAAGUAAGGAAGACUUGCGUCAAACUCAUGCUCUCGUCCAACGUCAUCUGCGUCCAGCAGGAAGAGUUGCGUCAAACUCAUGCUCUAGUCCAACGUCAUCUGCGUCCAGCAGGAAGAGUUGCGUCAAACUCAUGCUCUCGUCCAACGUCAUCUGCGUCCAGCAGGAAGAGUUGCGUCAAACUCACUCUCUCGUCCAACGUCAUCUGCGUCCAGCAGGAAGAGUUGCGUCAAACUCAUUCUCUCGUCCAACGUCAUCUGCGUCCAGCAGGAAGAGUUGCGUCAAACUCACUCUCUCGUCCAACGUCAUCUGCGUCCAGCAGGAAGAGUUGCGUCAAACUCACUCUCUCGUCCAACGUCAUCUGCGUCCAGCAGGAAGAUAAGGUCGAGACACAAGGGAACGGGAUUGGGUGCUUUGAAUGACCAUGAUGUUUUAUGCGUCUUGCCAUGCUCUGAGCUAAGCAUAUCACAAUGUUGUCUCCACUUUUCUGCCCGAUGACCAAUGAGCGGAUCUUCCGGAUGCAGUCUUCACAUACUUCGGGGGACAAACCAUUGAUUACCGAGUACUUGAAGUCGUUCUGAUACUCACUUCCUCGUUUUGCAGACUAGUCGAAACUGUUAUCCGUUGUGUGGCCAAAGUUCAUGCUCAUGCUUCUUGGUGCCACAGGGGAGCGUUGAGACAAAAAAUUUAUUAGCUAUUACAGGUGAGAGUUGAGUCCAUGUUGAGACCAACCAUGUAUUAGCUAAAUCACAGGUGAGAGUUGAGUCCCAUGUUGAGACCAACCAUGUAUUAGCUAAAUCACAAGGGAGAGUUGAGCCCCAUGUUGAGACCAUCCAUGUAUUAGCUAAAUCACAGGUGAGAGUUGAGCCCCAUGUUGAGACCAACCAUGUAUUAGCUAAAUCACAGGUGAGAAUUGAGCCCCAUGUUGAGACCAACCAUGUAUUAGCUAAAUCACAAGGGAGAUUUGAGCCCCAUGUUGAGACCAACCAUGUAUUAGCUAAAUCACAGGUGAGAGUUGAGCCCCAUGUUGAGACCAACCAUGUAUUAGCUAAAUCACAGGUGAGAGUUGAGUCCCAUGUUGAGACCAACCAUGUAUUAGCUAAAUCACAAGGGAGAGUUGAGCCCCAUGUUGAGACCAUCCAUGUAUUAGCUAAAUCACAGGUGAGAGUUGAGCCCCAUGUUGAGACCAACCAUGUAUUAGCUAAAUCACAGGUGAGAAUUGAGCCCCAUGUUGAGACCAACCAUGUAUUAGCUAAAUCACAAGGGAGAGUUGAGCCCCAUGUUGAGACCAACCAUGUAUUAGCUAAAUCACAGGUGAGAGUUGAGCCCCAUGUUGAGACCAACCAUGUAUUAGCUUAAUCACAGGUGAGAGUUGAGCCCCAUGUUGAGACCAACCAUGUAUUAGCUAAAUCACGGGUGAGAAUUGAGCACCAUGUUUGGACAAACGAUUAUUAGCUGAUGAGAGAGCUGAACCCUAUGUUGGGACCAACCAUUGAUUAGCAACCUCACAGGUGAGAGCUGAACCCUAUGUUGGGAAAAACCAUUGAUUAGCAACCUCACAGGUGAGAGCUGAACCCUAUGUUGGGAAAAACCAUUGAUUAGCAACCUCACAGGUGAGAGCUGAACCCUAUGUUGGGACCAACCAUUGAUUAGCAACCUCACAGGUGAGAGCCGAACCCUAUGUUGGGACCAACCAUUGAUUAGCAACCUCACAGGUGAGAGCUGAACCCUAUGUUGGGACCAACCAUUGAUUAGCAACCUCACAGGUGAGAGCUGAACCCUAUGUUGGGACGAACCAUUGAUGAGCUGCCUGACAGGUGAGAGCUGAACCCUAUGUUGGGAUCAACCAUUGUUUAGCAACCUCACAGGUGAGAGCUGAACCCUAUGUUGGGACCAACCAUUGAUUAGCAGCCUGACAGGUGAGAGCUGAACCCUAUGUUGGGACCAACCAUUAAUUAGCAACCUCACAGGUGAGAGCUGAACCCUAUGUUGGGACCAACCAUUGAUUAGCCACCUCACAGGUCAGAGCUGAGCGCCAUGUUGAGACCAAUCAUUUAUUAGCUACCUCACUGGUGAGAGCUGAGCUCCAUGUUGGGACGAACCAUUGUUUAGAUACCUCGGAGGUGAAAGUUAAGCACUAUGUUAUGACCAACCAUUGAUUAGCUACCUCACAGGUGACAGCUGAGCAUCAUGUUGGGACCAACCAUUUAUUAGCUACCCCUAGGGAUACGACUUCUAUGCGAUCAGAGUUACUCCCCCUCCAUAAAAUCCCCCACAAUCCCCCAUUUUUCUUCUUGAGUUAUAUAAUCACGUGAUUAGCUGAACACCCUUUCUCUCUCUCUCUCUCUCUCUCUCUCUCUCUCUCUCUCUCUAUCUCUCUCUCUCUCUCUCUCUCUCUCUCUUUCUCUCUUCCUCGCUAUCCACCCUCCUUUCAAACUAAAUUUUCUUCUUGUGUUAUAUAUUCACGUGAUUAUCUGCACACCCUCUCUCUCUCUCUCUCUCUCUCUCUCUCUCUCUCUCUCUCUCUAUCUCUCUCUCUCUCUCUCUCUCUCUCUCUCUUUCUCUCUUCCUCGCUAUCCACCCUCCUUUCAAACUAAAGAUUACAUUUUUAUCUGGUAGCCGUAAAUUUGACCGCAAGAAAUUUGAUUGACGGUAAAUUGAUCUAUGGACAUUUGAUCGAACGGGAAUUGGGUAGAAUAUUUUUUUAGUUCACACGUUAAAAUUUUCGUCAAAUUUCUUUUUGAACGCACUAUACUAUGUAAUAAAACAAAAUAAUGCUUUCAAGCAGAAAUUUAAAGGAAAAUUUUAACGUAAAAACUGAAAAAGAAACAUAUUCGACAAAAUUACCGUUCGAUCAAAAUACCGUCAAUCAAUUUACUGUCGACUUAAUUUAUUUCGAUUAAAUUUCAGAAUAUGAUUAUAUCCAUUGUAUCUAAUCUCUGUUAAUUAAAAAAAAAGAAAGAUAUAUCAGUGUAAGAAAAUGUUUUUAAUUAUUAAAAAGGGAUUAAUUUUGCCAUAAAAUGACGUCAUGAAAAUUAUAAUUUAAUUCAAAUGAAUGAAACAUGUAUUUCUUGUAUUUUUAGCAAAAACUGCAGACGCAGAAAAAAAGUUAAGGAUAGUCGUAAAAAUAAAAUCAUAAGAAAAAGCCAAUGAUCAAUACAAGCGAAAUAUUUUUAUUUCAUUCAAUUAGCUAGUGUUCAAGACAAGGCAAAUAUACUUAUGUAUUUUCAUUAGUCGCUACACAUUUAAUUAAUUGGUAGUAUUUUGUUUUCCGAUUAGAUCUAAUUCUAUAGUUAGAAUUUUUAAAAAAAUAUUGUCUAAUGUACUGUGUAAAUCUAAUGGAUUAUUUAUUUUAGCAUUGAGUAUAUAUUGAACCUGUGUAUCUAUCUACAUAUGCACCAGACAUCCAGACAUAUACACCAGACAUCCAGACAUAUACACCAGACACAAGGAUUGCGUUUCUAUUUUAAUUAUGUGUCCCCAUAUACAUCAGACAUUUAACAUUGAUGAGCCAUAGUACAUAUGCAUCCACAUAUACGCCCAGGCAUUAAGCUUUGAUGAGCUAUAAUAAAUAUGUAUCUACAUAUACUCCAGACAUUUAGCAUUGAGUAGCUGUUGUAAAUAUGUAUCUACAUAUACUCCAGACAUUUAGCAUCGAGUAGUUAUUGUAAAUAUGUAUCGACAUAAACAACAGACAUUUAGCAUUGAGUAUCUAUUGUACAUUUGUAAGCUUACCAGAUUUUCUGGCAGCGAAGUACGGACUCAAAGACACAGAGCAACCGUAGGCAUAGCAGCAGGGGGGGGGGGUUGAGUGACGGGGUGGGUAAGGUUUCGUGCAUGAUGUUUAAUAUCCUUUUUGUACAUAAGUUUAUUACAAACUAUAGUGAAUAUUUUGUAGACUCAUGAAUAGCUUUUAAUUUUGUUUCCCAUUCUCAAAAAGCAUUUAAACAAACUGAGGACUGGCCCAUAUCAAAGAUAUGCUGACAAUCAAAAUAGCUCUAAGUGGUUACUUUCAGGACGAUUUCUCAGGCGUCCCAACAUUGUUUCCCUGAGAGAAAGCUUACUCCAUGGGUGCCAUUUGUGCCGGGAAGGCUAAAUGAAAACCCAAGCAGUGGUGGAAAAGUUACAGAGGGUACAUCAUUUGCAUUAAAAUGAUGAAGAAUAUUUUCACCCAUUUUUGAUCUACAAAAAAGUUUUUCGAGUUACAUUGUUCCAGCUCAGUAGGUGACAGAAAAUUACUUCACAUAAAUUAGCUCAUAAAAGAUAUCGCUAUCAAAAAUUUUUCUCUGGGAAGAGUUCAUUUAUAGUAUUAAGUAGGUUAACGAGACAUGUCCCUCGCGAUGGCGCUGAAACUUUUUAUUCAUUUGGCCUUGCGGAGUAAUAAGAUAAUAAGUAAUAAGAUAAGCCAUAUAGAAAUAAGGCUAGCAAGUUGUCGCUUCCGAAAAUACGGAAAACCAGAAUGGAAAGACGAGUGGAAAGUAUGGACAAAUACGAACGCAAAAUUAGGCCGGACAAGGGGGUCGAAAAUACAAACUGUCCGUACUAAAUAUGGACAUUUGGUCAACCUAACAUAUACAUCUACAUAUACAUCAGAUAUUAAGGCUUCACAAUAGGAAAGGUUUGAUAUUAGCAUGCUAUGUUUAUGUGUUUUAAAAUGUGAGUAUGAUCAAUUUCAAAUCAUUAAUUCAACAAGACAAAAAUGCUGUUCACAAAAACAAUUAGUACAAAAUAAUGAAAUAAUUGAUAUGGAAAACAAGAAAUAGCGCAGUAAACUGUUAUUUUAUUAAAAUGCAUUACAUAUUAUUGACACACGUGCACUACACGUUAUUGACACACGUGCACUACACAUUAUUGACACACGUGCACUACACAUUAUUGACACACGUGCACUACACAUUAUUGACACACGUGCACUACACAUUAUUGACAAACGUGCACUACACAUUAUUGACACACCUGCACUACACAUUAUUGACACACGUGCACUACACAUUAUUGACACACGUGCACUACACAUUAUUGACACACGUGCACUACACAUUAUUGACACACGUGCACUACACAUUAUUGACACACCUGCACUACACAUUAUUGACACUCGUGCACUACACAUUAUUGACACACGUGCACUACACAUUAUUGACACACGUGCACUACACAUUAUUGACACACGUGCACUACACAUUAUUGACACACCUGCACUACACAUUAUUGACACACGUGCACUACACAUUAUUGACACACGUGCACUACACAUUAUUGACACACGUGCACUACACAUUAUUGACACACGUGCACUACACAUUAUUGACACACGUGCACUACACAUUAUUGACACACGUGCACUACACAUUAUUGACAAACGUGCACUACACAUUAUUGACACACCUGCACUACACAUUAUUGACACUCGUGCACUACACAUUAUUGACACACGUGCACUACACAUUAUUGACACACGUGCACUACACAUUAUUGACAUACGUGCACUACACAUUAUUGACACACCUGCACUACACAUUAUUGACACACGUGCACUACACAUUAUUGACACACGUGCACUACACAUUAUUGACACACGUGCACUACACAUUAUUGACACACGUGCACUACACAUUAUUGACACACCUGCACUACAUAUUAUUGACACACGUGCACUACAUAUUAUUGAGACACGUGACACAUUUGAGACCUUAAACGGCCUACCUUCUCAUUAAUUUGUUUGUGUUAAAAAUUAUUUUUGGCUGACUCACUGUUCUUUAAGUUUUAUUUUAAACUCAUUGAUAUUGUUCGUGGCUGGCUAACUGGCUGGCGGAUUGGCUGGCUGGCUAAAUUGCUGGUUGGUUGGCUGGCUUUACCAUCUCCAAUUCUCCAAAAUAACCCCUUUUAACAGAGGUGGAUAUGAAGGAAGCAUGAUCACACUGAUUUCACGAAAGGAAAUUGCCAAUCAAUGCGCUUAAUGAGAUUCGUAAAAAUAUCUCAACUGCAAUUAGAGCGUAAUCUUUUUUUUUGUUGUUUUUCUGAAAUAGUGUGUUAACUAAAUCUCCUGUGUGGAAGCGGGUGGGUCUUUAGAAUAUUAAUAUGGUUCAGGGGCGUGGGAAAUUGUGCGUUUGUGAGCUUAAAGGGGGGGGGGUGGGCGAUGGGGCACUAAUUUGGGAUUCUUAUAAAGUGCAUUACUUGAAUGCAUGUUUUAUAAAAUUUUCAGAUGAAACCCUUUGCUCAAUGUUACAUUUGAUAAAGGAUUUUCAGGAAAGAGUUUAAUUUUAAGAGUUGUUUAAUUGAAAUUUAAAAAAAAAAAUGAUUGAAAUGUAAAGGUGAUGUAGCAUUAAUUCUUCUUUCCAGACAGUCGCCAUGGGAAGGAAAUAUGUGCAAUUCCUUUUAUUUCUUACAUUUAUAAGUCUUCAUGUGGAGAGAAGCGGUAAGUGCAAGUGUGGCUAACAAUGGAAUUUCUAUGUAAACUAAUUGGACGGUGGUUAUAUUUAAAAUAUCCAAGGAAGUCAUCGAAAAAAACAACUCCACUUAUUUGUUUGAAUAUGGAUUUCUUUUUGCUUUGUUUGCUAGUUUGUAUGAAACUCUUUGUGUGUAUUGAAACCUGUUUGUGACAAUACAUUAAACAUAUUUUUAUAAUUUUUAAAAUAGAUGUUUUUAUUCAUCCUUAGAGGAGUACAAUUAAAAAAAAAUAAUAUCGUUGCAAAAGAUAAGGUUUUAAAAUAUAAAUAUGCUUUGGAAAAUAACAAAAUGUUGUUGAAUUUUGUGUAGUUCAUAAUCGUAGAAAUUAUAUCUUUUUAAUGAGAUUCUUUUUAAAAAAAAGAUUUGGAUUACGUGAAAAAGAGUAAUUAACGAUAAUGUUAUACCAAUAUAUAUUGAUUGAGAAAGAUAGAUUAACAGAGGGUUUUAAUCAUUUCAAGUGACUUUAGUGACAUGCAAGUGGAAGGAUUCCGUUCCGUCUGGUGGCCAAUGUUUUCUUUUCAACAGCACGCAACUUUCCUAUUCUGCUGCCCAGGUAAUUAUGUCGGUAUUUUUGUAUACUAAAUCUGUGUUCUGAUAAAGGUCAUUGCAUAUUUUACUGGGCAGGAAGAUAAUUAUAAAACAUUAUUGUAGCCCUUGAGACGUAACUAUUGAACAAUUAUAUGAGGUAUCGACUUCUAUGAAAUAGUAGAGUGAGGUAAGUUGUAUCUUGAUUCAAAAGACAGGACAUUAAGAUUUGAACGUUUCGGCCUUUGAUUCAAACUUCCACACAACUAAUUCGACUAUUUCCUUCACAGAGCUAGAACACAGUCGUUCUUUUAGCAUCGACAUCAGUGUUUUUUUGGUAAAGGCGAUUUGAGUUGAAUAAAAUUUAAAAUUAAAAAAAGAUAUCACGAGAAGGUUGUGAAUUAUUAGCAAGUAGACUAGACUCUAUACUUAAGAGGAUUGUUAAUGCUUAGCUAGUAGGCUGUGAUGUCUCCACUCAUAAGGGUUGUUAAUGCUUAGCUAGUAGGCUGUGAUGUCUCCACUCAUAAGGGUUGUUAAUGCUUAGCUAGUAGGCUGUGAUGUCUCCACUCAUAAGGGUUGUUAAUGCUUAGCUAGUAGGCUGUGAUGUCUCCACUCAUAAGGGUUGUUAAUGCAGUAGACUGUAGUAUUCUUACUUUAGAUGGUUGAGUUAACAUUUUUUCUUCACUUUUUCAUAGCUCUAUAAUAGUUAUCCUAGUUGUCUGAGUUGUGUUAGUUAUCUUCGCUUAGCUCUAUAAUAGUUAUCCUAGUUGUCUGAGUUGUGUUAGUUAUCUUCGCUAUUUGCGCCACCUUCACUAUCGUUUACGCUAUUUGCGCCACCUUCACUAUCGUUUACGCUAUUUGUGCUAUCGGUGCUCUCUUCACGAUGAAAUUUAAAAAGGAGUAAACAAAAAAAAGUAUUGGGAAACAUUCCAAUGAACUCAACAUUUAUGAAUUCUGAAGCCUCAUAAAUUAUUUAAUCAAAAUAUAAACUAUAAAUACACUAUAAAAUAUGUCAACAUCAGGGUGAAUGUCAUGCAAAAGGUGGAGUUCUGGCAAAAGUGACAAAAUUAAGCCAGAUCAUUGCUACAAGUGCGAUACCACAAAAGGGUAAGUCAUAGAGUAUAAGGAGUUGAAUUGUCAUUUCAAUUUUUGUAAGCGUUUCAAGUCUGUUCCAUUUAAAUUAUUCGUGUUCAAACUUUUAUAUCAUUUACUUCUCUAACUUUAAAUUUGACUUAGCCUUUUUGUCUCAUUUGCUUCUAUAAGUUUUAAAAUGACCUACAAUACUUGUAUACAUUUUCUGUCAUAAUAUACUUCUCUAAAUUUCAACUUGACCUGCGUUAUUUGACUAACUUUUCUGUCAUAUACUCUCUAAGUUUCAACUUGAACUGCAUUAUUUAUCUCAACUGCUUCUCUAAGUUUCAACCUACUUAAUUUAUUUGACCCAUCUGCUCAUCUAAGUUUCAUCUUGAUCUAAGUUAUUUGACAAAAUCCCCACCAACUUUAAAAUAUUACAACUGAAUGAUCAAUCUUUGUCUGAAUAAUAAUUACCACGAUACACGAAUUGUUCUCUCUGCUGACCCUGACGACAUUGAUGACCUUACACCAAUGACAAAAGCCAGAUAUUUCUCAAGUUUCAAUAGAAAUGGUUUAAAACAAAGCAAAAUAGACGUUCCAACAUUGCCACUAUCUUCGGCUAUUGCCAUCUAUCCCCAAACAUUAGACAAGACAACAUUCAAAUAAACUAUUGUGUCAGAACUCUCUAAGGCAUCUAUAUAUAUCACACACACACACACACACACACACACACACACACACACACGCACACGCACAUGCACACACGCACACUCACACACACACACACACAGCCUCUCAGCUCUACUUCCUGCCCCAUCGGUUGUGUGUUGACUUAUGAAGAUAGUUUAACAAUUAACCCAUAACAUAAGAUUAUUUUCUUGAUUGAACUAAUCUAAUCACGUGGAUGAAUUCUUGAAUGCAUCGCCAUUGCAGAUGCUAACAUGUGGAUCGGUGCCAGCGAUGCUGCUGUAGAAGGAACCUGGCUGUGGGAUGACGGUGGUGAUGUUGCCACAGAGCUUUCCGUUUUCUGGACUGAUGGUGAACCAAAGACCAAAAUGGGCUACGAAGACUGUGCGCAGAUAGAAGUGAUCUACGGCGAUACAGGACUUUAUUAUAAUUAUGGCACUAUUGCUAAAGACUGUAAUGACCCCUACGGGUUCCUUUGUAUGGAGAAAGGUAUUCCAUUUCAAAAUCAUUUUACUUUGGAUAUUUGGUUGAAGCGACAACGUAAAGUAUAAAAGAAACAUAUCUCGCUGUUUACAUUUAAAGUAAAACCAUUUUUUCUGUCACGUGUAGAAACAAUUUUAUUAGACACUUAUUAAUAACGACGUAUAAACAAAAUGAACCAUAAUUUAUGUUAUCUGUCUUAUCAUAUGACCAUUAUUUAAACCUAGAAAAUAGGAUCCAUUACGAAGACAUCCCAUGUGAAUGAAACUCAUUAUGAAAACAUUAACUUGUUGCUAGCCUUAACAGACAUCAUGUGUGAAUUAAACGAUUCAAUAUCAUAAAAACACUAACUUGUUGCUAGUCUUAACAGACAUCAUGUGUGAAUUAAACGAUUCAAUAUCAUAAAAACACUAACUUGUUGCUAGUCUUAACAGACAUCAUGUGUGAAUUAAACGAUUCAACAUCAUAAAAACACAAACUUGUUGCUAUCAUAAAAACAAUAACUUGGUUUGCUAUAAUAAAAAGACAUCGCAAAAUUUACAAAUGUUAAUAUGUUUGAAAAAAUCAGAUCAAACUAUGAGAAUAAAGUAAAGAUAAAUUUAAUCACAUUCAAAUUCCUCCCCUUAUAAUUCAAAUGUCGGCUUUAAACGUUUUUAGCUAUUAAUAUUGUAUGGCUCUUAACAUUGAAUGGCUCUAUGGCUCCAAAUGUUAUUUGGCUCUAAUUAUUGAAUGGCAUUAAAUGUUGAAUUUCUAUAAAUGUUGUACUGCUCUAAAUGUUGUAUUGCUCUAAAAGUUGAAUGGCUAUAAAUGUGUAUGACCUAAAGGUUAUAUGACUCUAAAUGUUGUAUGGCCUAAAUGUUGUAUUGCUCUAAAUGUUGUUCGACUCUAAAUGUUGUAUGGCUCUAAAUGUUGUUGGGCUCUAAAUGUUGUAUGGAUCUAAAUGUUGUAUGGUUCUAAAACUUUGUAUGGCUCGAAAUGUUGUAUGGAUCUAAAUGUUGUAUGGAUCUGAAUGUCGUUUUGAUCUAAAUGUUGUACGGCUCUAAAUGUUGUACGGCUCUAAAUGUUGUAUGGCUCUAAAUGUUGUAUGGCUCUAAAUGUUGUAUGGCUCUCAAUAUUGUUUUGAUCAAAAUGUUGUACGACUCUAAAUGUUGUAUGGCUCUAAAUGGUGUACGGCUCUAAAUAUUGUAUGGCUCUAAAAGUUGUAUAGCUCUAAAUUUUGUAUGGCUCUAAAUGUUGUACGGCUCCAAAUGUUUUACGGCUCUAAAUGUUGUAUGGCUCUAAAUGUUGUAUGGCUCUAAAUGUGGCAUGGCUCUAAAUGUUGUAAGGCUCUAAAUGUUGUAUGGCUCUAAAUGUUGUAUGGCUCUAAAUGUUGUAUGGCUCUAAAUGUUGUAUGGCUCUAAAUGUUAUAUGGCUCCAAAUGUUUUUUUGAUCUAAAGGUGGUUUUCAUCUAAAUGUUGUAUUGCUCUGAAAGUUGUAUGGCUCUAAAUGUUGUACGGCUCUAAAUGUUGUUCGACUCUAAAUGUUGUAUGGCUCUAAAUGUUGUAUGGCUCUAAAUGUUGUAUGGCUCUAAAUGUUGAUUUGAACUAAUUGUUUUAUUGCUCUAAAUGUUGUAUGGCUCUAAAUGUUGUAUGGCUCUAAAUGUUGUUUUGAUCUAAAUGUUGUAUGGCUCUAAAUGUUGGAUGACUCUAAAUGUUGUAUGGCUCUAAAUGUUAUACGGCUCUAAAUGUUGUAUGGCUCUAAAUGUUGUAUGGCUCUAAAUGUUGUACUGCUCUAAAUGUUGUUUUGAUCUAAAUCUUGUAUGGCUCUAAAUGUUGGAUGACUCUAAAUGUUGUAUGGCUCUAAAUGUUGUAUGACUCUAAAUGUUGUAUGGCUUUAAAUGUUGUACGGCUCUAAAUGUUGUAUGGAUCUAAAUGUGUAUGGCUCUAAAUGUUGUAUUGCUCUAAAUGUUGUUUUGAUCUAAAUGUUAUACGGCUCUAAAUGUUGUAUUGCUCUAAAUGUUGUAUUGCUCUAAAUGUUGUUUUGAUCUUAAUGUAGUUUUCAUCUAAAUGUUGUAUGGCUCUAAAUAUUGUAUGGCUCUAAAUGUUGUAUGGCUCUAAAUGUUGAUUUGAAGUAAUUGUUUUUUUGCUCUAAAUGUUGUAUGGCUCUAAAUGUUGAUUUGAACUAAUUGUUUUAUUGCUCUAAAUGUUGUAUGGCUCUAAAUGUUGUUUUGAUCUAAAUGUUGUAUGGUUCUAAAUAUUGUAUGGCUCUAAAUGCUGUUUGGCUCUAAAUGUUGUAUUGCUCUAAAUGGUGUUUUGAUCUAAAUGUUGUACGGCUCUAAAUGUUGUAUGGCUCUAAAUGUUGUAUUGCUGUAAAUGUUGUAUUGCUCUAAAUGUUUUAUGGCUCUAAAUGUAUUUUUGAUCUAAAUUUUUUUUAAAAUUUAAAUGUUGUUUUGAUCUAAAUGUUGUACUGCUCUAAGUGUUUUAUGGCUCUAAAUGUUGUAUGGUUCCUAAACGUUUAUUACAAAAAUACUAAUUUGAUAUUUACUAACAAGACCUGUGUGAAAGUUAAGGAGAUUAUCUUGCGGUCAAGAUAGAUAAUAAGUAAGAUAACGUUUUAACAAGAUCACCACUGAAUGAAACCUAAAAUUUAUUUCAUCGAUUUUACAGAGGAGACGACAACUUCGGAACUGACCACAACUCCGGAACUGACCACAACUCUGGAACUGACCACAACUCCGGAACUGACCACAAGUGCAGAAUCGGUAGCGUCAACUUCCAUAUCCGAAUGUCCACAGAAAAAUGGGGCGAAGUUCACCAACUUCAAAGUUCUGUUGUUUUUACCUUUGAGUGCAUUCAGGUCUCUAGUGAUUCGUUGUUCUUACCUUUGAGUGCAUUCAGGUCUCUAGUGAUUCGAAUUUAACUGCGUGUCUUUUUUUUUUAUUUUUAUUUCUUCAAUGUUUGAUUCCAUACAGGAACCCAGUUUUUGCUUUGGCAUCAAUUUAAACAACAAGAUUUUAGGUCUAAUUAACUCGUCAUGUGUGCGUGCCUUCAUUUAAUCUAUGUGUGUGAACUCAAGUGUGCUGGUUUGUUUGCAUUUUAUUUAUUUUUAUUUUCUUCAUUUUUUAUUUCCUACAGGAAAUUAUUUUUUUUGCUUUGGAAGAUUUUAUUGAAAAAAACAAACCCACCCCAAAAAGUGUUCUUAUGUCUAAAUGGGGGAACAACAUAUGCUUUACAUAAGAACAACAUAUGCUUUACAUAAGAACAACAUAUGCUUUACAUAAGAACAACAUAUGCUUUAC